AUGGAAAAGAAGAUAUCAGAUACGAAUUAUGCUCAUACGGAAGAUGAAAAUGAUAAACCACCUAAUUAUGCAAAAGCAACGAAAGAAUUUUUCUCGGAUAUUGAAAAAGUUACGAUGUACAACAAUAGGCAAUUCGCCAUCAAAAAAUUCCUUGCAACAAUUGAAUCAAGUGAAGACCAAUUAUUGGAGUAUUUAACAAAACAUCAACAGCACCCAGAAAAUCAAGUGAUUCUUGGCGCAUUAUACCUCGAAAUGGGCAAAAGAAUCGAGUGUGUUCAAGAACUAAAAAAAGCAACCGAAUUAAACAAUCCUCAUGCGCAGUAUCUUCUUGGAUAUUGCUAUGGUGAGGGAGUCGGUACAUUGCAAGAUAAAGAAACGGCAGUUUAUUGGUAUCAACAGGCAGUAAAUCAGCGAAUUCCGGCUGCUUAUUAUUCUCUAGCAUAUCAUUAUGCCAACGGAUCUGGUGUGAAGUUAGAUAAAUUAAAAACGUUCUACCUUUUUCGUAAGGCGAUGGAAAAUGGGCAUCUUCGUGCUUUGUUUUCUCUUGCGUAUACGCAUCUUUAUUCUAUUGGCACUUCACGCGACAUGCACAGAACCAUUUAUUGGUUGAAGAAAAGUAAGGAAGCAGGAGAUAAUAUAGCUUAUAAUUAUCUAACAGCGAUAUUUGAUUAA